UCCAAAUUGAAAAGAUCAAAAUUAUGGCAAAUGGCGAUCAAAUGAUUCCAGAUUUUCCAUCGAAAUGGAUCGCUACAGAUCAAAUCGAUGGAGUUCUGGAGUAUAUAAAAGCAGUUGAGUAAUCUUAUGUUAAAAUAUUAUCUAUGUUUUGCUUUUAUGUGUUAUGAUUUAUGCAAUGUUGUUUUGGAAACAAAGAUUGAUUUUGUAGUUCGUGUUUAUACAAUGUGCUCAAUGUUCAUGUCUACACGAGUGCAGUUUUCAAUGAGGCACUAAACAAUGCGUCAACCAAUAAAUACUGUAUCAGAAAUUUCAAGAUUUAUGGAACUUUUUACAGCAGCUGUCGUAAUGGAGCCAAUCCCCCCUCCCCCCGAAAAGUUUUCAGCUGGACAGCACAGAAUAAAGACACACAGGAGGUCGACUCGGCCAAGAAAGCAUAACCACUGCCACGCCAUGAUUUGUCAUCAAAAUGCUGACGCCAUGGACCUAGCCAGUGUGCAUACGAGAAGCAUUCACCCCCUGGAUGUGAGGAUGUCCACCAUUUUGAAUAUUAUCAGGGGGGUGAAUGCCUCUCAUAAGUACAUUGGCUAGGACUUCUUCUUCUUCUAGUAAUUCUUAUCAAAAUGCUGACGCCAAAAUCAUAGGGAAAACUAACCCUAUUAGCCCUUGCGGGCUAAUCGUACCGAGCAUGGAUGGUCCAGACUCCCAGUUAACCAGAGGCCGGUUGCAUUUCAAAUUUUGCCGUAAACACAGAGUAGAGACAUACAGAGACGUAACUAGUGUACCCACUUUUUUUGUGCGCAUGCUCGGCAAGAUACUAGUUGCAUGCAUCUGAUUGGAUGACGACUCACUUUAAACUUGCCGAGCAUGCGCAGUUGAUCAUUUUUCGCCCGGUCGCCUGGGUACAUGAUAACGUAAUCUUCUAUAUAUAUAUAUAUAUAUAUAACUUGUAUUUGAAAUACAGUAACACAAAAAAUAGAGUCAGACACAAAUCAUGAUAAUAAACUUUCCUCAGGGUCAUUAUUAUAAUAUUUAUAAUUAUAUUUUAACCCAUUGAGUGGCAGCUCUCUCUUAGACAACUAAAAUUGUCAAGUAAAAUUGUCUGGUGUUAGACAGAGUAAAAUAUUAAUUAAAGUAGGGUGCAUAGAUCAGGGCACAUUGCCACUUAAAGGGUUAACUCCGCUUCCCGAUAAUUCAAUUCCAUAGAAACAGGCACUAAAUGUUUAAAUCUAUCCCAGAAUCUAACCUCAUACUAACUUGAAAUUAUUUUCAGAUUGAUUGGAGCCAGCGAUGGCUCAUCGCUUUAAUGGUCGUCCAUGUCCUGCUAUUUCUGGUCAUUAUUUUAAAUCGAAACAGAACCAAUCUGUUGGUGGCUGUGUUUGCUUUACUUUGUAAGCAACUAUGUUCUUUGAUGUUUAUUAUUUAGUACCAUUUUGCAUGCUCAUUCUUGAAAUUCAUAAUUAAUUAUGAACAUAUUUUGUUUUGACAGUGAUAUCGGUGUAUUUCUCGGAGAAACUGAAUGCUUUAGCUGCAGAAAAUUGGAAGUACGAAACAAAGGAAUAAUAUAAGCCAUGACUAGUGAUUAACUGAUAAUCAGUAAAAAUCGAAAUUAAUUUACAUCACUUACUGUAUAUUUUUUACUGUUGUGAUGUUUUGUGUUCUAGUAAAAUAAUUUUAAUUUUCAUUGUAGGUUUUUUGCAAGUGAGCAGUACUUUGACUCGCCUGGUUUAUUUAUUUCUGUUGUUUUUUCCACACCGAUGCUGUUCAACUGUUUGAUCAUCAUUGUAAGUAUGAAAUAGUGCCAUCACUUAACCCUUGACGAGUAGAAUGGCAAAGAAGAGCAUUAUAGUGAUUUUAGUGAAUUAGUGCCCAUGGGAUUAAACAGCAAUGAGUCUGAUUUUUUUGUGGGAAGAAAGCAUUAGAUGGUGUUAACCCUUUAAGUGGCAGAGUGCCUAGUUGAUGCACCCUACUUUACUCUGUCUAAUGCUGGACAAUUUUAUUUGUCAAAGGGCAAGUUGAGGGGCAUACAGGGUUCGUAGCGGUCUUUGAAAUCCUUGAAAAUCCUUAAAUUUGAAUUCAGGUCUUUAAGGUCUUUGAAAAGUCUUUGAAUUGUGUGAAAAAGCGAAGAAAGUCUUUAAAAGUCUUUAAAUUCUUUAGUGAGUAUUUGAUUAUACGAUUUCCUAGCUAAUAAAAUAGAUUGAUUGAAGCAAGAUUUUCGCAAAUAUCGAUGAAAAGGUGCAAUUUAGGAUGUGAUGUGAUGGGACUAAUUACUGGGUAAAAAUGGUGCUUACACUCGCAAUUUUUCGACAGCUGAUUGCUCUCAAAGGUCUUUGAAAAGUCUUUGAAAAUAGGCAGAAAAAAUCUUUGAAAGUCUUUGAAUAUUGUUGGUCUUGGAGACUACGAACCCUGGCAUAGUCAUGGGGGUCCAGAUCCCUCCCACACUUUUCAUCAAUACCAAUUUUGUAAUUCUUCCAAAGCUGAGAAGUAAUUGUAAUGUGCUUUCAUCUAUGACAUAAAAUAUACUAAAUAUGUGGCUUGCUGUAUGCCUUUAAUGAAAUUUCCCAGGGACCAUGCCCCCAGAUGGGCGGUCCCCUUAGUUUGUUCUGUGUAUUUCAGCAAUUAGACCUUGUACUUGUUUGGGGCUGGCUAUGUUGCUGGAAGAGUUCUGCCACUCCAUGGGUUAAUAUUUUAACUUACCUCGCUAUAUACUUCAGGUGAUCUGGUUGUGGGAUUCAUCCAAGAUGAUGUCCGUCGUAACAAAACAUCGUCGCAAGCGUUACCAACGUGCGCAACAAGCUGCGCAGAGGGACAGAAAAUCUGAGAGUGAUUCAGUUAAGGAAGAGAAAAAAGAUAAGUGACAAUAGUGGCUAGCAAGAUUGUGGGUUUGUGUGUAUGACGCAACUGCCUGAAAAAUAGGAACAAGUUUCGAGCAAAGGCUCUUAGUCUGAAGGUUAAGCCCUGGUCAAACAAGAACAAGAGUUGCAUGGUAUUUGAGAAGCGAGAGUUUACAUCAGAGUUUUGUCAACUCUCAUGCUCUGGUCAAACGAGAACAAGAGUUGCAUGAGAGUUGAGAAGCGAGAGUUUACAUCAGAGUUUUCUCAACUCUCAUGCCCUGGUCAAACGAGAACAAGAGUUGCAUGAGAGUUGAGAAGCGAGAGUUUACAUCAGAGUUUUCUCAACUCUCAUGCCCUGGUCAAACGAGAACAAGAGUUGCAUGAGAGUUGAGAAGCGAGAGUUUACAUCAGAGUUUUCUCAACUCUCAUGCCCUGGUCAAACGAGAACAAGAGUUGCAUGAGAGUUGAGAAGCGAGAGUUUACAUCAGAGUUUUCUCAACUCUCAUGCCCUGGUCAAACGAGAACAAGAGUUGCAUGAGAGUUGAGAAGCGAGAGUUUACAUCAGAGUUUUCUCAACUCUCAUGCCCUGGUCAAACGAGAACAAGAGUUGCAUGAGAGUUGAGAAGCGAGAGUUUACAUCAGAGUUUUCUCAACUCUCAUGCCCUGGUCAAACGAGAACAAGAGUUGCAUGAGAGUUGAGAAGCGAGAGUUUACAUCAGAGUUUUCUCAACUCUCAUGCCCUGGUCAAACGAGAACAAGAGUUGCAUGAGAGUUGAGAAGCGAGAGUUUACAUCAGAGUUUUCUCAACUCUCAUGCCCUGGUCAAACGAGAACAAGAGUUGCAUGAGAG